AUGUUGUCCAAGGUGCUCUCCGCCACAGCAUUUGCUGCUGCCGCUCAGGCCGUCAGCUUUACCGUAUCGUCUUCGAACGGUAAUGCUACCUCACCCUACCAGUAUGGCUUCAUGUUUGAAGAUAUCAACAAUUCGGGAGAUGGCGGCGUGUACGCUGAACUCAUUCAGAACCGUGCCUUUCAAGGGAAUGCCAUCUACCCGAGCACGAGCGAUUACUGGAACCCAUUGAACGGUGCCAGCAUCAAGCUUGCGAACUUGACGAACCCAGUCUCUACUGCCUUGCCAACCUCUUUGCAAGUAUCCAAGGGCAACGCUACCGACACUGUCGGCUUCUCCAACGUGGGUUUCUGGGGAUUUCCAGUCGUUGCCGGCACAACAUACAAGGGCAGCUUCUGGGUACAGGGCGGUCUCAACGGCAAUCUCACAGUCUGCUUGACCUCGAACGGCAACCAGCAGUGGGCUGAGGCCGAAGUGUCCGUCAAGAGCUCAGCAACCUGGUCCCAGUAUAAUUACACUCUUACGCCAUCCCAAAGUGCUCCCAACAGUAACAACACACUCAACUUCACCUUUGCCGCUUCUGAUCUUACCAACUCUGUCAACUUCAACCUGCUGAGUCUGUUCCCGCCGACGUACAACAACCGUGAGAAUGGCCUUCGCGUCGAUCUCAUGGAAGCCAUGGCUGGACUGUAUCCAUCUUUCUUCCGUGCUCCAGGUGGCAACAACGUCGAGGGCAAUGCUCCUCCAUACUGGUGGAACUGGACUCAGACUAUCGGCCCUCUUGCCGACCGACCAGGUUUCCCAGGUACCUGGGGUUACGAGAACACCGACGGCCUUGGGUUGAUCGAGUACAUGCUCUGGGCUCAAGAUCUUGGCAUGGAGCCUAUCCUUGCUGUCUGGUCCGGUCUGUGGCUUAACAACACUGUUCUCACCGAGGCUGAGCUUCAACCAUAUAUCCAGUCGGCCCUUGACGAGCUGGAGUUCCUCAUGGGCGAUGCGUCAACUACUUGGGGUGCCAAGCGUGAAGCUCUCGGUUAUGGUCCUUUCCCGAUCAACUUUGUUGAAGUUGGUAACGAGGACUCUCUCCAACCUGUCGGCGGCCCAACAUACCGCGACUACCGCUUCAAGGACUUCCACGACGCCAUCAAGGCGAAAUACCCGAACAUGACCAUCGUCGCCUCCUUCUUCGAUGUGGCUGGUGACGCACCACCAUACAAUGCUGGUGGUGACUUUCACGAGUACGCCAUCCCAGUGCAGAUGUCGAGCCAGUUCUUCUACUUCGACAACUACACCGAGAACAACCCGAUCCUGAUUGGCGAGUACGCCAUUAUUGACUACGACUCACCAGGUGCUACCGGCCCUAAGUGGAACGCUGGUGCUGGUCGUUCGUUCACACCAUUCUGGUACGGCUCCGUUGCUGAGGCGAUCUUCCUCCUCGGUGCCGAGCGCAACUCGCAGAAGAUGAUCGGUGCUGCUUACGCUCCUUCAUUCCAGAACUUGAACAAGUGGCAAUGGAUUCCCGAUCUCGUUGAGUACGACGCGUAUCCCGGCCACACAACGCUCUCCACCAGUUGGUAUAUGAUCAACCUACUCUCGGGAACUCGCAUCACGGAGAACUUGCCCGUUACCUUCACUGAGGGUGACUACAACCCGGCAUACUUCGUUGCCGGCCGUAGCGAAGUCACCGGCUCUCACAUUGCCAAGUUCGCCGUCUACAAUAGCACCGGCGACGUGCCUUUCAGCAUGUCCUUCCAGGGUGUUGGUGGGUACGCUCAGGGCAACCUGACUUACAUCACCGCUCCCAUGAACGCCAGCAACCCCAUUGGCGGCAACGUCGUUCAGACCCACACCACGACGGUGACCGCUAGCCGCAACGGCACUUUCGCUUUCAGCUUGCCGGAGUACUCCAUUGCCGUGUUCGAGGUCAGCGCCAACCAGGCUGGCCAGGGCUACGGCUAUGGUAACCCAAACAACCGCAAUGGCUGGAAAGGAUGGAACCAGUGGGGUAACGGUCAGUGGGGACCACCACAGAACCACGGUGGGUGGAACGCUCAUGGUCAGGGAUGGGGAUGGCACUAG